GGCAGCCCGGCGGGGGAAAGGGCGAGGCGCAGCGCAGUCUCCCGCAGCCAUUCCGCGCCCUGCUGCCUACCGAGCGACGGGGACGGAGUCUGCAGCAGUCGAGGAGUUGGACUGAGUUCAUGUUCAGAAGUGCUUUACACAUGAAAUCUACUGGCUCUCUAGCUGAUUCUGCCCUGUCACCAUCUCAACAGAAUUGGAUUUACAGUCAUGGAGGAACAUCAGCAACACUUACACUGUGUGAACUGUGUCAGCCGUCGUUGUAUGACCAGACCAGAGCCUGGCGUUUCCUGUGAUCUGAUUGGCUGCCCGUUGGUUUGUGGAGCAGUUUUUCACUCAUGUAAAGCUGAGGAACAUCGCAUGUUAUGUCCACUUGAAAGAGUGCCUUGUUUGAACAGUGGCUUUGGAUGUCCCUUCAUAGUAGCCCGAAAUAAAAUUGCUGAUCAUCUAGAAGUUUGUCCUGCAAGUGUGGUAUGUUGUACCAUGGAGUGGAAUAGAUGGCCAGUCAGUUACGCAGACCGAAAAUCUUAUGAAAAUCUGAGUAAAGAUGUUGAUGAAGUGGAGCAACUAGAUAUGGCUUUAGCCCUUCAAGACCAGCGCAUGUUAUUAGAAUCACUUAAAGUAGCAACUAUGAUGUCAAAAGCAGGUGAUCAAAUACCAGAAUCCAGAGAGCAAACCUCUGUCAGAUCAAGUGCCCCAGAUACAGUGCAUUCAAAUGGUUUGAUGCCUGUAGAUGAAGAGUCUUAUGGUGCUCUUUAUCAAGCUACUGUAGAAACAACGAGGAGUUUAGCUGCUGCUCUGGAUAUCCUGAACACUGCUACAAGGGACAUUAAUAUGUUAAGUUCAAGCCUCUGCAGUUCACCACAGGAAAUGAAAGAAGAUACUGAGAUUAAAGAACAAGCUUCUAAUGGCAUUAUUCAGGAUAAAAAGUCUGACCAUGAAUAUCCAGAUGAAGAUGACAUAGGAGCAGUUGGGGGGAUAAAAUUUGACGGCUUGAGUCAAAAUUCACAAAUGGAGCAAAAUGGUUCUAGUGAUAUUUGUUAUGAUGUAGUGCAAAAACAUGACUUAAAUCUAAACCUCAGUAACCCCUCACUUUUGUGUAAUGGCUUUCAUGUAGAAAAUGAAUGUUCAAAGGUGUUGGACCAGAAUGAAGACCUUGGAGUAUCUAAUUCAAAACCAUCCAGUGUAGCAAAUGGUGAAUGUACUGCUUCUCGUGAUGAUGAAGCGUUACAGUCUUGCAGCUCCUUCCCUGUAACAGCACAACUUAAAGAAGUAGUACCAGCUGAUCACUUAGUUAAUGGCAAUGUAAAUCAUGUACUACUUCCCCAUAAUGCUAACGAAGAAGAAAUGUCAGAGAGACAAAUGGAGCAAGAAAGAUUGAGAAAUGUAGAUGCAUUUUCACUUUUACGGCAUCGAUCAUACAACUUCAUUGUUAACAACUAUUGGUCUACAUUAAAAGAAGACAAAGCUGUUGAUACAUCAGAUUUGGAGAUAACAGAAGAUCCUAUGGGUCUUCAAGGGAUUGAUCUAAUCACUGCAGCUCUGUUGUUUUGCCUAGGAGACUCUCCCGGCGGUAGGGGGAUAUCAGAAAGUCGCGCUGUUGAUGUGUAUCACAUUGACUUUGGGACCCAAACAUUUUCUCUCCCAUCUGCUAUACUGGCCACGAAUACAAUGGUGGGGGAAAUAGCUUCAGCUUCUGCAUGUGAUCAUGCCAACCCACAGCUCUCAAAUCCAAGUCCAUUCCAGACCCUUGGACUGGAUUUGGUAUUGGAAUAUGUGGCUAGAUACCAAACAAAACAGCGUUCAAUGUUUACAUUUGUUUGUGGACAGUUGUUUAGGAGGAAUGAAUUCUCGUCGCAUUUUAAGAAUGUGCAUGGUGAUAUUCAUGCUGGCCUUAAUGGCUGGAUGGAGCAGAGGUGUCCUUUGGCAUAUUAUGGGUGUACAUAUUCUCAACGAAGGUUUUGCCCUUCAACACAAGGGGCAAAAAUUAUUCACGACCGCCACUUACGGUCAUUUGGAGUUCAGCCUUGUAUAUCCACAGUAUUAGUAGAACCAGCAAAAAGCUGCUUAAUUGGACUACACAAUGACCAUCUGAGUAGUCUACCUUUUGAGGUUCUGCAGCACAUCGCUAGUUUUCUAGACGGCUUUAGUUUAUGUCAGCUUUCCAGAGUGUCACGUUUAAUGAGAGAUGUGUGUGGAAGCUUGCUUCAAGCACGUGGAAUGGUGAUACUACUAUGGGAGAAGAGGAAGUAUGCAGAUAGAAGUUCUUGGCAGAUAAAAGAAAAGGUUUGGCGCUUCAGUACAGCCUUCUGUACUGUGAAUGAGUGGAAGUUUGCUGACAUCGUAAGCAUGGCUGACCACUUGAAGAAAUGUAGCUAUAAUGCUGUAGAAAGAAGAGAGGAGGCUGUUCCGCUGCCAUGUAUGUGUGUAACAAGAGAACUCACUAAAGAAGGACGUUCACUGCGCUCUGUUUUGAAACCAGUUCUUUAAAUAUUGCAACCACUCCAAUUGCACAUACACUCAAGCACCUGAUAUAACCUCGGUAAUCUUAUGUGACACUUUAUUAAUGUACUAAAGAUACUUUCUAGCUAAAUCUACUCUGUCACUGUGUAUAUAAGGUUUGAAGUGACAUUUAUUUUUUAUAAUACUGUUUAGCUGGAAAGUAAUGAAAGUUGCCUUAAUGUUUGAAAAAUUCGGAACUUGCUGGACAGGGUAGUUUUAUCUAACUUAUAUAAUUUAAGAACAAAAUCCUAAGGUGUGUUUUCUGAUUCACUGGUGCCCAUGUUGCUGUUGACUGAUUCAAAAAUGGCCUCUAAAUGGUAUGCACAUUUAGACAGGAAACACUGAAUUGUACUUUCUGUAUUUGGUCUAUUUUUUUUAACAAAUUAUAAUCCAAAUAUUUGAAAGAUAAGGAAGAAUUCAAAACUUUAUAACAGAUAUCUCAAACAUAGCUUUUAAGCACAUUUUUUCUCAUUACAUCAGUGUUCUAGUGCUCUUCCUAGCUAACAGGUGAUCUAGGAUGAGUUUUUUUUUUUUCCACAGGUUUUUUUUUAGCAGUGAUCUAAGCAAACUCAGAUUUACAGCAGCUCAGUUUUAGUACAACUUCCUUUUGACAUGUCAACAAUGGUUAUUUUUUUUCUGAACUAUUAACAAGUUAUUUCACUUUUGGGAGCAAAACUUUUAGAGCUAAAAACAUGGAAUACUAGUUUUACUCUCGCACCUACAAUGACACCGAUUUAAAAUGUUUUUUCCUUGUCCUGCAUUUGGCUGAGGGUUAAAUUGCUUGAGGAUUCAGAAAUUUGAAGUAUGUGAUGAACAGUUAUGAAUUUAUAAUGCAGCUAAUGAAACGGCUUUACUUGUUCUAUGGUGUUGUGAGAUGUAUUGUCUCCUUUUCUGUUAAUCUGUCUGUAAAAAUGCUGCUUUUUUGAGGAGCAUUUUAAAUUACUGGCAUAUAUAGCAAAUGUAUCAUCUUCAUAAGAUGAGACAUGAUUUGUUAAUUGCAUAAGGCAUAUCAGAAAUAUAUGUUCAACCACAUCUGUUAAACAAACAACUCCAAUUUGCUUCUAGUCUUCCAUAACAAAAGAUCUUACAAAGCGCUUGCGAACAGAGAAGACGUGCUAUGAAAAAUGGCUUGGUAUAGCAAAACUGUAAUAACUUGAACUGACUUUCUAACUUGUUUGUGUUAAUGUUGGUGUCUCUAGCCUGUUGCACUUAGCAACUGUGCCACAAAGCUAAAACAGAAACAGACCAGAGCUUGGAACAAAGAAAUACAGGACGUAUUUCCAUUAUAGGACAAAAUAAGAGAUUAGUAAGGAGGAGAUGUUUACAAAAAUGGCUAAAUUUAUUACUCGUAAUUUCUGUACUGGACACUUGUUUAUGGCUAGCCCGGCUGCAGUUCACAACUUUGGUAUCUGUGCGUUUCCCAUUCUGGGUCCAGUCCAGCUAAACAUUCACUGCCUUUUUCUAUCCAGAGUGCUACAGGUGCCCAGAAAAAAAUCAAAUCUAGUUCUUCAGUGCCAUGAGUUGAAAUUAGAAGAGCUCAAACAGCCUGGACCUUCAGACUACAUGUUCUCGUUCCACAAUUUCUCUUUGUUUAUUUUGUUGGGAGAGAGGAAAGGAGAGUAAAUCCUCUACAGAAGUUAGCAAUAUUUGCAGUAAUUCUUAGCUGUUACUACAUGAACUGUGUCUUAGGUAGGGAUUUUAAACACACACCCUACCCCCACCCCUGUUGUCAGAGUGCGUUGAAAUGCUCAUUACCUACAAAUUCUUCAAUACAAGGCAGGAGGCGGAAUUUCAUGAUUUCUGUUCUUUUAGCUCUAAUGGCUGCUUGCUGCUGCUCUCCAGUGUUUAAAAGUGAUUGUGUGACUGGAAGGAUCCUGAAUGUUGAGGAGUUUAUGCUUGUGUUUGUGGCUAAAUCUACUUUAAAACAUCUGGUUUGGGUUACUGGUAUUUUUUAGUCAGCAAUGUGGUGGUUUUGGUACUUGGCAUUCUUUGCAACUACCCAGAACCCUGGUAAGUAUGGUAGGUAGGCAUGUGUGUCAUGGUCACUUAGGAGAAGAGGAUGUUCAGUUAGAGGAACUGGUGUUGGUAGAAUCUCGCUUGUAGCACAGUGCAGAUCUACAUCUAAAGUAUCAUCAGUUGUUGAUCUAUUAAAACGAAUUUUUUAAGUACUUGGUGUUCUUAAGAAAUAACACUAUUUCUCAAUACAUGCACUUUUGUUUUCAAAUGUAGAUACAGGCUUUUAUGUUAAAUUAGUUUAUUUUUUAUGAGAAUCCAGAGCUAUUAAAAUACCAAUGUUGUAAGCAAAAUCUCUGCCUUGUAAACUGCUCCAAAUGCAGGAAUACAAUAUAGUUAGGAUAACUUUUUUUUACACUGCUAUGCAGUUUGUAAACCAUCUAUGGUAUAUAGUCAGUUUAUGAAAAUGUGGCUUGUUCACAUUUGCCCUUGAAUUUUAAAAAUAUUGUAUACCCUCCCUGGUACAUCUUCCUUACAGCAUAUAUAGACAGCUGUUCCAGUUUUUCUUUUACUUGAUACCACAUUGCUACUUUGUUUAAAAUACUAUGUUUUCAAUCAUUAUGCAAUAUUUUUUUGCAAUGUCUGUUGAAAUCCUAAUAAAACUUUUGGAGUUUC